CCUCAAGAAUUUUAGAGCGUCCCUGGGCUGUGAUGUGAUGAGUUUUAAUAUCAAAUAUAGAACAUGCUGCCUAAGAACUGUGCCUCACAAGGAACAUAAAUCAAAUAAAUAUAUUAGUAAUAAAUACAAUAAUUUUAAAAAAAAAUUUGAGGAUAAAAUACAGAACUAUUUUACAGACCUAUUUGGCAGAAUUUGCAAAUUGGCCAGAUGUGCUGCACUGAAAUAUUGGGGCACAACACUCCUGAAUUCUAAUGAUAAUAACUUGUAUGACACUAAAACAAUGGCUGCAAAUUUAAGGUAAAUUACUGGUUACUAGCAGUAGUACUUUUAUAGUAUACUUCACAUUCAUUUAGUGUAACAUAUAUGCAGUAUAUUGCAAUUAAAUGACAACUAUAUACAGUGAUCUUACAGCAAAUUAGACCAUGAAUAGCUGUAUGCUACUGUAGAAUUACAGUAAACAGUUGUUUACUGUAUUACAAUAAUAACUUUUAUUUUCACAUAUCAACUGUAAAAAUAAUGCAACUUAGUAGCCCAUUUAAUGUCAUUUGUAAUAAUAAUAACAAUAAUGAUAAUAUUAAUAAUUUGUAGCACUUCUUAUAGCACUUCUCACUCUCAAACAAAACAGUGAUGAGGGAGAAACUUACUACCACUGUGUAACACCCACCUGGAUGAUGAAUGAGAGUCAUUUUGUGCUCAAACGCUUGCCACAGGAGGAAGAGAACAAUUCUUUAUCCAUAUUAGAAAUAUUAUACCAGGGGAUGAUUAGGUGGCAGAUUGAGAAUUUGGUCAGGACAUCAGGGAACCUCCUACUCUUGGUGUCAUUGGGUCUUCAAUGACUACAGUGAGUGAGGACUUUGGUUUAACCUCUCAUCCAAAAGACAGUGUCUCCUACAGCACAGUGUCCCAAUUACUGCACUGGGACAUUGGUGAUUAUUUGCCCAGAGGGCCAACUGUACCCUGCUGGCCCACCAACACCACUUCCAGCAACAACUUAAUCUUUCCAGGUGGACUCCAUUCCAAGUAAGCCAAGUCCACACUUGCUUAGCUUCAGUCAUUCUGCUGGCGCAGGAUGCAGGUGGUAUGGCUGCUGGCAUUUUACGACCCCUUUUCUAAUUAGGUAAAUUAAAAUCAAAGACAGUAUCCAUAUUACGUUACGUUUUUUAUGCUACCAAAAUGUAUGUCCAUAGGACUUAGAACACCAUGAAGAAUUUGUCAGGAGCUUACACAAUGAGAACCGUAUAUAAACAAUCAAAAGAAAUAUAUUUCUAUUAUGCAAAAUUAUGUAAACAUCUGUUUUAAAUGCAAAUGUACAAGCACAAUAACACUGAAAUCUUCAGAAAAGAUUUUAAAACAAUUCAAAAAUAAUGGAAAAUCAGCUAUUUAAAAACCUUAGAUGAAUGAAUGAAUGAAUGAAACAUUGCAUUUAUAUUGCAAUGGGGGAAACUCACCUCAACCACCACCAAUGUGUAGCACAAAAGUACAAUCACUCUGGUUGAAGCCUGCCCUCUCUGUGUUGAUGCACCUGUGAACAAAAGGCCAAGACAAAAGCCUUCAGUUUCAUAGACAUUUUUGGCAAAGAUUCUCCAAGGUACAUGCAAUAAUGCCUGUUUCCUUAUAACACUGAAUGCAAUAAAGAAAAUUACUGAAAGCCAAGUGAGAUUAAUUCCACAUGUAUUUUACCAAACAGCAACACAGCGUGAUGAACUGACAAGUUGGCUAAUAAUUUCAGUAUAAAAUAACGUUAAAUUUGUGAUAUUGGAUAUCAGCCGCUUACAAAGCUAGCUCGCAAGUAACCUUAUCUCAAAAGAAAAGGUUUAAUUAAACCCAAACCCAAAAGAUCAUUCACUCGCUCAUCCAUUCACUGACUAUAUGAUUUUAGUUAGCUAGGCUAACGUAAAGUUAACCUUAACAGUUGCCUCCAUAAUCUGACACAACAAACUCCAGCUACAAAGCAUAAAGUAUGACUCAAGUGUUGAAGUAAGUCCUGUAAUCGGUUAUAUUUGAAUUGUAUGGAUAUAGACAUUUUAGUCUUGGAUGGCUUUGAUGCUACAGACCUUCCGGGGGGAAGAAGGGAGAAUUUUAAUGUGUCUUUGCCUCUUGAGUUAAACCACAAAUGCAUGUUUUGUUUCUUGCUACAGAAUGAGGGCCAUCUGGUAGAGUUCUACCAGAAGCAGAACAGUUCCAUGUAUUAAAUCUGGGCUUGCAUCCAGUUGCAGUUCAAAGGUAACAUGUUCACAUCCAGAUUUGCCAGCGCAAAAACCAUCUGCACAAUUAUGGUGGCUGAGGACACUACAGUGAGUGCUUUCAUUAAGUCACCAUGUGCGUGUGCAGAAUUAAUGGAGGACUCACAGUGUGGGCUUAUCAUUACCCACAUGCCUGAAAACUCGGAUGGAAGAGAAAAGAGCCAUACAGAUACAUUAGCCAGCAGUGGAUGUACAACUAAUCAUGGACCAAUAAGUAACCAAGCAGAGCCUGGUUGCAGUUCUCUGUCUGCUCUGUGCUGCUCUGUGGACUCUGCACAGUGUGCGGCUGCAGUUGUGGUUCAGUGCUACAGUGUGUAUGCGUGUAGCAGCGUUUGUCUUGGGUGUGUGUGAGCAUGCUGUGGUUCAGGGGGCUCCUCCUGCUGUCGCUGCUGGCUGUGGGGGACACAGCGCAGGAGGGUCCACAGCGGGACACCUGCAUGUGUGGACACCCUGGAAUCCCAGGUGACCCCGGCCACAACGGGGUGCCGGGCCGCGACGGGCGAGACGGAGCCAAGGGGGACAGGGGAGACCAAGGACCUGUCGGUACAUGUGGUACAGCAGGGCAGGAUGGUGCCAAGGGAGACAAAGGAGAGCCAGGUGCUGCAGGCAUGGCCGGCAUGAAGGGGAGACGGGGAGAUAAUGGGGAUCGGGGGUUUCCUGGGAAGAUGGGUCCACAGGGUGUUCCAGGGGUCUUGGGCCCUAAAGGACAAAAAGGAGAGCUGGGUCUGCCUGGCCCUCAGGGGGUAAAGGGUGAAGUUGGUCCUCAGGGCCCCAUGGGCCAGCAAGGCGACAUUGGCCUUCAGGGAGAGAAGGGCUUUCCAGGGCCCAUGGGCCCCACGGGACGGCAGGGCCCUAAGGGAGAGAUAGGGCUUCAGGGUCAGAAGGGCAGCAUCGGGUACAGAGGGGAAAAAGGGACGAAAGGAGAGCUGGGAGAGAAGGGGGUCCCCGGCGACAUGCCCAACAUAGGGAAGAGCGCCUUCUCUGUGGGCCUGACGGAAAACAGCAAACUCCCUCCCGUGAACACGCCCAUUCGCUUCGAUAAAAUCAUCUACAACAAGCAGCAGCACUACGACCCCCGGACGGGCCGCUUCACGUGCUCCCUGCCUGGGGCGUACUACUUCAGCUACCACAUCACCGUGUACUCCCGCAACGUGAAGGUGGCCCUGAUCAGGAACGGGGAGCGCAUCGUCCACACCACGGACAACUACCAGAGCAGCGAGGACCAGGCGGCCGGAGGCGCCGUGCUGCACCUGCAGGCGGGAGACAAGGUGUGGCUGCAGGUGACAGGGGGGGAGCUCUUCAAUGGCCUUUUCGCUGACGAGGACGAUGACACCAUCUUUUCUGGCUUCCUCCUGUUCUUAGAUUGAAAGUGAAGAGUAUGCAGAUAUGCACGCACACGCACGCACACAUGCACACGCACACGCACACGCACACGCACACGCACGCACACACACACACACACACACACACACACACACAAACCCUAAUGCUAACAGUGAGGAUUGUUUGGACAGUAUUGGCCUCCAGCAGGAAGAUUAAACAUACAACUAGACUGCGCAUGGCUAUAGAUAAAAAAUUAUGAUUCUCAAGAACAUUUUAAGCAGAUAUGUAAAAUAUAGUAAUUCUUAAAACCAGUGGGUUUAAUAAAUUUAUUUUAUACUGGUUAAAUGCCUGUCUUUAUUCUGAUUAAUUAUUAUUUGAUGAAUACAUUAUUUGUCUUCAAGGAAUGGAAUAACAUGGCUUUUUUGCUGAAAUAAAUUUUUAUGCAACGUAGAGGAAAAAAGUUAAUUCAUCCCACUUGAAUGUAUUUAAAAUGUUUAAUCAGCAAAGAACAAUGAUAAACAUGAUUGAAUAAAGUGUGAUCAAAAUUCACUAAUCUCUGUAAGAUGAACAUUAAAAGCACAGACUGCUGGUCUGAAUAAUGUCAUUGUUCACAUGUUGUUAUGAGAAGCCAGAUCAAUUCCACAGCUUUGUGGUGUUUCAUGUCUGCACUGUACAGAGUAUAUGUCAAAUGAAUUAGAUCCUAAAUUUGUCAUUCUAACACAAUGAAUCCGUGCAAUUCAUUUCCAUGAUGUGCACACAAAAUAAAAAGUCACACAUACUUGA